AUGGACGAUUCGUUUUCCAAAAUCACUGACUAUAAAUGUGCAGUAUCUCACGGUAAGUGUUUUUUAAAGUGGAUAGAUCCCCUUUUCAACUUCAUACAUAUAUAGUUAAAAAUCGUAAAUAAUUCAUCGAAAUUUCAGGUUAUCAAAAACCGGCUGCUUACUUCAUGACGGGUUGCAAACACUUCUUAUGCGAAAUUUGCAGCUAUAGUAGCUAUGGCGAUACCAGGUGUGAUAAAUGUUCAUCGACUUCAACUCGUAUGAGAGUGUCAGAUUUGAUGCAAUGUAAGUUAUUCAAUUGUUUCUCAUAAACCAAAAAUCUCGACAGCAACUGAAAUUUCUUUUGGUACCAGAAAUAUUAAUUAAAUAUAAAUGGAAGUUGUUUUUACAGCAAUCAACGAGGAAAGAAUUGUUUUGAAGAUAAAUUUGGAAGAAAUGAGAAAUGAAUUAGAAGAAAAGAAUAAUGAAUUGAAGGAAAAAACGGAUGAAUUGGAAUCGAAAAUGGUCAGGCUUGAUUUAUAUGAUAAAUCAAUAGAAGAUCAUUUGAAAUGUUCGGAAUGCGAUUUGACAGAAUCGGAACAAAGGUAGAAUUUCAAAUUGAAAAAUGCAUUCUAAACACUUAUUUUGUUUGCAGAAUACAAUUAUGCGGAACAUGCCAUGGAUUGCAAUUUGAUAAUUUGGAUAACGCCAAGAAUUGUGCAAUUUGUUCUAGUUGCUCAAUCAAGAAACAUAUUCGCAAUGGGCAUAACACUGUGGACUUUUUCCCGAUUUUUGUAAGUUUAGUGAUUUAUUAUCAGCAAAUGAAAUAUGUUUGAUUUUCAGAGAUCACUUCAUUAUGAAAACCACUCAAACAAAAUCAAAGAAAGUUUGGAUAACUUCAAAAACUCUAUAACAACUUGCAACAAUGAUUGUACUGGAUUGGUUGAUGCUAAUUUGAAGGUUAAACAGGUAUGGUUUUCGAAAUUAUAAUAUCAGGGGUUUACUUAUUUUUAAAUCUUACAGCAAAUGGAUUUGUUGAUUGAUAUGGUUCGAAGAAGCAAAUCUACAACAAGUCAACAAUUAUUGAAUAAUAAAUUGAGCACAUUCAUUGAAAAGGUUAGUUUUUCGAAUUUUUUCACAGUCAAAAUUGUUGAAUUUCAGUCAAAUUCUAUGGCAAAAAAUGCAAAUUUAAAUAUGGAAAACAACAUCAAAAAGAUUGGCGAUCAACUGGAAAUUUUGAGAAAAUGGAAUGAAGAUCACCAAGAUUAUAUUGAUCCAUCUACUGAUUAA